UGGCAGGUUCAGGUCUUCUCCCACUACAGAGCUCAGCAGCAGCAGCCUAUGGAGCCAGGCGCCUGGGGGAACAGGACAACUGUCACUGAGUUCAUCCUUCUUGGCCUGACAGAAAACGUAAGACUGAAACCCAUCCUUUUUGUCAUCUUCCUCUUUGCCUAUGUACUCACCAUAGGGGGCAACUUCAGCAUCCUGGCUGCCAUCUUUGUGGAGCCCAAACUCCACACUCCCAUGUACUACUUCUUGGGGAACCUAUCUCUGCUGGACAUUGGAUGCAUCACUGUCACUGUCCCUCCAAUGCUAGCAUGUCUCCUGCCCCCCCAGUGCAGAGUCCCCUACGCUGCCUGCGUUUCACAGCUCUUCUUCUUCCACCUCCUGGCCGGUGUGGACUGUCACCUCCUGACAGCCAUGGCCUAUGACCGCUACCUGGCCAUCUGCCAGCCCCUCACCUACAGCACCCGCAUGCGCCGUGAAGUCCGGGGUGCCCUGAUGGCCAUUUGCUGCACUGUCUCCUUUAUCAAUGCUCUGACUCACACGGUGGCUGUGUCCGUGCUUGACUUCUGCGGCCCUAAUGUGGUCAACCACUUCUACUGCGACCUCCCACCCCUUUUCCGGCUCUCCUGCUCCAGUAUCCACCUCAAUGGGCAGCUGCUUUUUGUGGGGGCCACUUUCAUGGGGGUGUUCCCCAUGAUCCUCAUCUCAGUGUCUUACGCCCACGUCACAGCUGCAGUGCUACGAAUCCGUUCAGCAGAGGGGAGGAAGAAGGCCUUCUCCACGUGUGGCUCCCACCUCACCGUGGUCUGUAUCUUUUAUGGAACUGGCUUCUUCAGUUACAUGCGUCUGGGCUCAGUGUCAGCCUCAGACAAAGACAAAGGGAUUGGGAUCCUCAAUACUAUCCUCAGCCCCAUGUUGAACCCACUCAUCUAUAGCCUCCGGAACCCUGAUGUGCAGGGCGCCCUGAAAAGGGUGCUGAUGGGGAAGCGGCCUCCUGAAUGAGAAGGCAGGGCAUGAAAAUACCCCUCCCUCCUAGAGCACCCCCUGACUUUCCCAUGCUGAAGGCAUGAUGUCGGUCACAGGUGUCUUCAGGGGUGGGUUGAGGGAUGGGAGGAAGGUAGAUAGUAUGGACCAGAGUAGAGGAUGGUUUAUCUUGGAUUGGGGAGAAAAGCGAAACCUGGUAGGAGAUGGAUUAAAGUCAGGUGGGAGAAAAUUAUAAUGUGGGUC